AUCCCACUCUCCUCCUCAUCCACUACGGACACAUGGAUGUUUUAUAGACUCCUGUCAUCUAUUGAGCGCUUUCAUUCAACUGUUCAGGAUUGCGUGUCGGUUUGUCUCCACGGGAUGUACCCUGCCUUCUGCCCGAGUCCAGCUGGGAUAGGCUCUAGCCACCCCCCUAGACAAAUUUGUGGUUUCAGCCUGUGCUUGUCGACCGGCUAUGGCACAGCAGGAGGGUUCUCCCAAAAAGCACCCAGCUAUAAGGGCGCUACACUCCCACUUUAUAGUGGGAUCGGUGUCGGAGGAGAAUUCCGAAGAUGAAAUCCAAGGGAAGCCAGAUGUACAGCCGGAAGAGAAGGAGGGACGUUCCUCGUCACCGUCAUCCGGCAGCUCCGACAGUACCUAUGACAUGAGCUUUGAGCACAUCGACAGCAACACGCAUAACCUAAGGUCAAGCAUGUCUGGGCUACAUCUGGUGAAGCGAAGUAGAGAUCGCCGCCGUAUUGAUCUGCAGAGGGACUUCACUGUGGCAUCACCUGCUGAACUUGUCACCCGUUUUGGUGGCAACAAGGUCAUUGAAAAGGUGCUUAUCGCGAACAAUGGCAUUGCAGCAGUUAAGUGCAUGCGCUCAAUUCGACGCUGGGCUUACGAGAUGUUUCGAAAUGAACGGGCAAUCCGCUUUGUGGUGAUGGUGACCCCGGAGGAUCUAAAGGCCAAUGCUGAGUACAUCAAAAUGGCAGAUCAUUACGUCCCUGUGCCGGGAGGGACAAACAACAACAACUAUGCCAAUGUUGAGCUCAUUCUGGAUAUUGCAAAACGAAUACCUGUUCAGGCUGUGUGGGCUGGAUGGGGUCAUGCUUCAGAGAACCCCAAACUCCCAGAGCUACUCAAUAAGCACAGCAUUGCUUUCAUGGGUCCUCCGAGUCAGGCUAUGUGGGCAUUAGGAGAUAAGAUUGCCUCCUCUAUUGUUGCUCAGACAGCUGGUAUCCCAACUUUGCCAUGGAGUGGCACAGGCCUGACAGUCGAAUGGUCAGAGAGCAACCAAAAGAAACGAACCAUCAGUGUUCCCCAUGACUUGUACGAGCUUGGAUGCAUUCAUGAUGUACAGGACGGCCUAAAAGCUUCUGAGAAGAUUGGCUACCCUGUUAUGGUGAAAGCCUCAGAAGGGGGUGGGGGUAAAGGCAUCCGGAAGGUCAAUUCAGCUGACGAUUUACCAAAUCUAUUCAGACAGGUCCAGGCAGAAGUUCCAGGUUCCCCCGUGUUUGUCAUGCAGCUUGCCAAGCAUGCUCGCCACUUGGAGGUCCAGAUCUUGGCCGAUCAGUAUGGAAAUGCCAUUUCCUUGUUUGGCAGAGACUGUUCAGUGCAGCGCCGGCAUCAGAAAAUUAUAGAGGAGGCACCUGCUACUAUCGCCACAUCUGACGUGUUUGAGGAUAUGGAACGGUGUGCAGUUAAGCUGGCAAAGAUGGUGGGCUAUGUCAGUGCGGGUACAGUUGAGUACCUCUAUAGCCAAGAUGGCAGCUUCUACUUCCUGGAGCUCAACCCUCGUCUGCAGGUGGAGCACCCCUGCACUGAGAUGGUGGCUGAUGUCAACUUGCCUGCCGCACAACUGCAGAUUGCAAUGGGCAUUCCCCUUUACAGAAUCAAAGAUAUAAGGAUGCUUUACGGGGAGCAGCCCUGGGGAGAUUCUCUCAUCGACUUUGAGGGGCUGUCGACGGCCCCUUCCCCACGGGGACAUGUAAUUGCAGCUCGCAUUACCAGUGAAAAUCCGGAUGAAGGAUUUAAGCCAAGCUCUGGAACGGUACAAGAGCUGAAUUUCCGCAGCAAUAAAAAUGUUUGGGGCUACUUCAGUGUUGCAGCUGCUGGUGGCUUGCAUGAGUUUGCUGACUCCCAGUUUGGACACUGUUUUUCUUGGGGAGAGAAUCGCGAAGAAGCUAUCUCUAACAUGGUGGUUGCUUUGAAAGAGUUAUCUAUCAGAGGAGACUUCAGGACCACAGUAGAAUACCUCAUCAAGUUGCUGGAAACAGAAAGCUUUCAGCAUAAUAGCAUUGAUACUGGAUGGCUGGAUAGGCUCAUCUCUGAGAAGAUGCAGGCGGAACGUCCCGACACCAUGCUGGGAAUUGUGGCUGGAGCUCUACAUGUGGCAGAUGUCAAUCUGAGGAACAGCGUGUCCAUUUUCCUGCAUUCUCUGGAGAGGGGGCAGGUGCUACCAGCGCACACACUUCUCAACACAGUAGAUGUAGAGCUGAUCUAUGAAGGUAUCAAGUAUGCCCUGACUGUGACACGCCAGUCUCCCAACUCCUACGUGGUCAUCAUGAACCACUCUACAGCUGAGGUGGACGUCCAUCGGCUAAGUGAUGGUGGUUUGUUGCUGUCCUAUGAUGGCAGCAGCUACACUACCUACAUGAAGGAAGAGGUUGACAGAUAUCGCAUCACCAUUGGGAACAAAACUUGUGUUUUUGAAAAAGAAAAUGACCCCUCCCUGCUGAGAUCUCCCUCAGCAGGAAAAAUCAUCCAGUAUACAGUAGAGGACGGCGGUCAUGUGUUUUCUGGCCAGUGCUAUGCUGAGAUUGAGGUGAUGAAGAUGGUCAUGACCCUCACAGCUGCAGAGUCUGGUUGUAUUCACUAUGUGAAGAGAACGGGAGCAGCACUGGAGCCUGGCUGUAUCAUUGCGAAACUUCAGCUUGAUGACCCGACCAGAGUGCAACAGGCAGAGCUGUAUACCGGGUGCUUGCCUUCGACACAGCCAGUUGCCCUACGGGGGGAGAAACUGCACAGAAUUUUCCACAACACACUUGAUCACCUUGUUCACGUCAUGAAUGGCUACUGUCUCCCUGAGCCUUUUUUUAGUACCAAGCUGAAAGAAUGGGUAGAGAGGCUAAUGAAAACCAUGCGUGAUCCGUCGCUGCCACUGCUUGAGCUCCAAGACAUCAUGACCAGCGUGUCAGGCCGUAUCCCACCUGCUGUGGAGAAGGCCAUCAAGAAGGAGAUGGCUCAAUAUGCCAGUAAUAUUACCUCAGUGCUCUGCCAGUUCCCAAGCCAGCAGAUUGCAAACAUCUUGGACAGCCACGCUGCAACACUUAACAAGAAAUCAGAGCGAGAAGUCUUCUUCAUGAACACACAAAGCAUUGUUCAGCUUGUGCAAAAGUACCGCAGUGGUAUCCGUGGUUACAUGAAGGCAGUGGUCAUCGACCUACUCAGACAAUACCUGAAAGUAGAGAUCCAGUUUCAGAAUGGGCACUAUGACAAAUGUGUGUUUGCGCUGCGUGAAGAAAACAAAGGUGACAUGUCGAAUGUCCUCAACUACAUCUUCUCCCAUGCCCAAGUCACAAAAAAGAACUUACUGGUUACAAUGCUGAUUGACCAGUUGUGUGGCCGUGAUCCGACACUAACAGAGGAACUGAUGGCCAUGUUGACUGAAUUCACCCAGCUCAGCAAGACAACCAAUGCGAAGGUGGCACUGCGUGCGCGGCAGGUGUUGAUAGCAUCUCACCUCCCUUCUUAUGAGCUCCGCCACAACCAGGUUGAGUCCAUAUUCCUUUCUGCCAUUGAUAUGUAUGGACACCAAUUCUGCAUUGAGAACCUGCAGAAACUUAUCCUUUCCGAAACAUCCAUCUUUGAUGUUCUGCCCAACUUCUUCUACCAUAGUAAUCAAGUUGUUCGGAUGGCCGCUCUUGAGGUUUAUGUGCGCCGAGCAUACAUCGCUUAUGAGCUCAACAGCGUGCAGCAUCGCCAGUUGAAGGACAACACAUGUAUCGUAGAGUUCCAGUUCAUGCUCCCCACCUCACACCCAAACAGAGGGAACAUCCCCACUCUAAACAGGAGAAUGUCUGCUCCUUCAGUCCUGGACAUUAUAAAAGCCAAUAAUACCUCAGAUUUGGAAUCUCUGGACAGGAUGUCAUUCUCCUCAAACCUGAACCACUACGGCAUGGUGCAUAUGGCCAGCGUGAAUGAUGUUUUGCUAGACACAUCCUUUACACCACCCUGUCAGAGGAUGGGCGCCAUGGUCUCCUUUCGCUCCUUCCAGGAGUUCACCAAGAACAUAACAGAUGUGUUGAGUUGCUUCACCGACUCUCCCCCUCAAAGUCCAACAUUUCCAGAGGGAGGUAACCCCAUCCUCUAUGGUGAAGAGGACAACAAGAGCGUCCAAGAUGAACCCAUCCAUAUACUGAAUGUAGCUAUAAAGACAGACAGUGACAUGGACGAUGAUAGCCUAGCAACCGUGUUUCGGGAGUUCACCCAGUCAAAGAAAACCCUUCUGUUUGAACAUGGAAUCCGUCGUUUGACUUUCCUUGUGGCUCAGAAGGAUUUCAGGAAGCAAAUCAACUGUGAGGUGGACCAAAGGUUUCACAGAGAAUUCCCCAAAUUCUUCACAUUCCGUGCCAGAGACAAGUUUCAGGAAGACAGGAUCUACCGCCACUUGGAGCCGGCUUUAGCUUUUCAGCUGGAGCUUAAUCGCAUGCGCAAUUUUGCCCUGACCGCCAUUCCAUGUGCCAACCACAAGAUGCAUCUUUAUCUGGGUGCAGCCCGCGUGGAAGUAGGAGCAGAAGUUACAGACUACCGUUUCUUUGUGAGAGCCAUUAUCCGUCAUUCUGAUCUCGUUACAAAGGAGGCCUCCUUUGAAUACCUGCACAACGAGGCUGAGCGUUUGCUUCUGGAGGCUAUGGAUGAGCUCGAGGUGGCUUUCAACAACACAACUGUGAGAACUGACUGCAACCACAUCUUCCUCAAUUUUGUACCUACGGUCAUCAUGGACCCUUCAAAGAUUGAAGAGUCUGUGCGUUCCAUGGUGAUGCGUUACGGCAGCCGUCUGUGGAAGCUGCGGGUCCUGCAGGCCGAACUGAAAAUCAACAUCCGCUUAACUCCGACGGGAAAGCAAAUCCCCAUUCGUCUGUUCCUCACGAAUGAAUCCGGCUACUACCUGGACAUCAGCCUCUACAAGGAGGUCACUGACUCCCGAACGGGACAGGUGGGGCCCAAAGACCGUCAGAUUAUGUUCCAAGCCUAUGGAGACAAGCAGGGUCCUUUGCACGGCAUGCUCAUCAACACACCCUAUGUCACUAAGGACCUGCUGCAGUCAAAACGCUUUCAGGCACAAUCUCUGGGCACCACCUAUGUCUAUGACUUUCCAGAAAUGUUCAGACAGGCUUUGAAAAAGCUGUGGCACUCAAGCCAAACCCAUACGUAUGUACCCAAAUGCCCUCUUCCCUCUGAGCUGCUGACUUUCACCGAGUUGGUCCUUGACGCUCAAGGUCAGCUGGUGCAAAUGAACCGACUGCCAGGUGGCAACGAGAUUGGCAUGGUGGCAUGGCGGAUGACUCUACAUACACCAGAAUAUCCAGCAGGACGUGAGAUCAUCGUCAUCAGUAAUGACAUCACGCACAAGAUCGGCUCAUUCGGUCCGCAGGAGGAUGUGCUAUUCCUGCGAGCCUCAGAGAUGGCCCGGGAGAGCAGCAUCCCACGGAUUUACAUCGCAGCCAACAGCGGCGCACGCAUUGGCCUGGCUGAGGAAAUCCGACACAUGUUUCACGUGGCCUGGCAAGAUCCAGAGGAUCCCUACAAGGGAUUCAAGUAUCUCUACCUUACACCUCAGGAUUAUAAGAAGGUAUCAGCCCUGAACUCUGUGCACUGUGAACAUGUGGAAGACAAGGGAGAAUCCAGGUACAAGAUAACCGACAUCAUUGGGAAGGACGAGGGGCUGGGGGUGGAGAAUCUGAAAGGGUCUGGCAUGAUUGCUGGAGAAUCCUCCCUGGCUUAUGAUGAGAUCAUCACCAUGAACCUGGUAACGUGUCGGGCAAUCGGGAUCGGAGCCUAUCUGGUGAGACUUGGACAGAGAACUAUUCAAGUGGACAACUCACAUAUUAUUCUUACUGGAGCAGGAGCACUCAACAAGGUGCUGGGCAGAGAAGUUUACACAUCAAAUAACCAACUUGGUGGAAUUCAAAUCAUGCACAACAAUGGCGUGACCCAUAGUACUGUUUGCGAUGACUUUGAAGGAGUCUUCAGCCUCCUGCAAUGGCUUUCCUACAUGCCCAAGUGCAAAUUUAGCCCGGUGCCAAUUGUGAGUGCCAAAGAUCCCAUAGAUCGACCUGUUGAAUUUGUGCCAACGAAGGCGCCCUAUGACCCUCGUUGGAUGCUCGCAGGGCGUCCCAGCCAGAGUCCAAAAGGCUCCUGGCAGAGUGGAUUCUUUGACCAUGGCUCCUUCAUGGAGUUGAUGCAGCCAUGGGCUCAAAGUGUGGUGGUUGGCAGAGCACGAUUGGGUGGUAUACCUACUGGAGUGGUUGCUGUGGAAACAAGGUCAGUGGAGCUGUCAAUCCCAGCUGAUCCAGCCAAUUUAGACUCGGAGGCCAAGAUCAUCCAGCAGGCAGGGCAGGUGUGGUUCCCUGAUUCUGCUUUCAAAACAGCACAGGCUAUUAAGGAUCUGAACAGAGAGGGGCUGCCUCUCUUUGUAUUUGCCAACUGGAGGGGUUUUUCUGGAGGAAUGAAAGACAUGUACGACCAAGUGUUGAAGUUUGGGGCCUACAUUGUGGACGGGCUGCGCGAGUACAAGCAGCCCGUUCUGGUUUACAUACCCCCGCAGGCCGAGCUGAGGGGAGGAUCCUGGGUGGUCAUAGAUCCCACCAUUAACCCCCGUCACAUGGAGAUGUACGCCGACAAGGACAGUCGAGGUGGAGUGUUGGAGCCUGAGGGGACAGUGGAGAUCAAGUUUAGGAGGAAGGACCUGGUGAAGACCAUGAGACGAGUAGAUCCAGUCUACAUGAGCUUGGCUGAAAGAUUGGGUACUCCAGAAUUGAGCCCCCCUGAUCGUAAAGAGCUGGAGACCAAACUGAAAGAGCGGGAAGAGUUUCUGCUGCCAAUCUACCACCAGGUGGCUGUGCAGUUUGCAGACCUCCACGACACCCCAGGCCGCAUGCAAGAGAAGGGUGUCAUCACAGAUAUACUAGAGUGGCAGACAUCUCGUAGUUUCUUCUACUGGCGUCUGCGGCGCCUCCUACUGGAAGACACGGUAAUGCGAAAGAUCCAAGAAGCUAACAGCGAGCUGACGGACGGGCAAAUCCAAGCAAUGCUGCGCCGUUGGUUUGUUGAGGCUGAAGGUGCUGUUAAGGCCUAUUUGUGGGACAACAAUGAAGAGGUGGUGGGGUGGCUGGAGAAGCAACUCGCAGAAGAGGAGGGUGCGAGGUCUGUCAUCGAUGAGAACAUAAAGUACAUUCGCCGAGAUCACAUCCUCAAGCAGAUACGCAGCCUGGUUCAAGCUAACCCAGAAGUGGCCAUGGAUUCCAUCGUGCACAUGACCCAGCACAUCUCACCCACUCAGAGAGCUGAGGUAGUGCGUAUACUGUCUACUAUGGAGACCGCCGCCUCAUCAUAGUGCUCAGGCCCAAUUAGUCUGGAAAGUGCAGUUCGGAGGAGCCAAAAUGACAGCACCUUGGCACUCACCAGGGUACUCAUGAAUUGUUGGUAAUGAUUCUUCGAUAUUGAUUUGUAAGUUGUCUAUGACCCCUCUACCAAUUUUUAUAAAUAAGCAUAUUUUGUAUUCCAGUGCAAUGACUUGGUGACCAAUUUAAUGUACACUAUUUUUGAGACUGAACCAAUAUUGAACUAAUGAACUGGAAUGUUGUCAUAUUCCAAUCUAAACUGCUUUCUGACUAUAAUUAUUAAGUAAUUGGAGAGCAGUCUUGGCAAGAAAAGGUCAUUUAAACCACCAACAUGGGCACACUUAGUUGAAAAACUAUAUUUAAAAAAAUAAACAGGAGCACUGUAACACAUUUGGACAGAAGAGCCCAGCAGGGAGCAAAAGGAGCCUUUUUAAACCCGGUCUGCUUCCCAGUUUUCCCUGCAGUGAACACAAAACUACAGCUGUCCCUUCUGUUCAGACUUCAUGCUGCUGCAGAUGCACUUUAUACUGCGUUGCUGUUCACAUUGCAUACAGAAUCAAACUGGCACAGCCCUCGCUGUAAAUGUGCUUGCCAGAAUGACACACACACUUACACACACGCACAGAGGUGGACGUCGUUGAAAGGAACUGGGAAAUGAUAAUGGUACUAAAGUACACACAUAUUAGCAUAUUUUGUUGCUUCCUAAAAAAAAAAUCAAAAAUAGCUUCUUUUUUAUUAUAUUGAUUUGUUUUUAUGAUAGGAAAAUAUUUUUGGAAUACUUGAUGAGAUCACCUAUGUUCGAUGACUCACGUAAUCUCUAACUGUUAACCACGUUUUAUUUAUACUUUAUUUACCAAAAUUGAAAUGUUUUAAUAUUGUUUUCCAUUGCAUAUGAUGUUUUUGUUACUGACUGCCAGGUACUUUGUGACACAAUUAGGUGAUAAUGGGUAAACAGCACUGUCCUUUAAUUACAUCACAGAUGUUCAUUGACAAUGUGAAAACAGAUUCCUGCUAAGUGCUGUGCCUUUUUUUUGUUUGUAGUGACAAGCAGGCCAUUUCUUUUUAAAACACUGGUUGUAACCUAUUACAAAUAAUAUUUACAAUUGAAAUAAACCUUACCCAAUGAA